CGUGGAUGCACCGAGCUCUGGUACUGCACCAGAACAUUUUCGGUGCAAGUUUCAACUUUUUUCUCUUCGGAGCUUGCUUUGAAAGGAACAAGAAUCGAAGGGAAGAAUGAAGAAGAUGUGGAUUUGGCAUCAUCGCUUGUUUCUUCUCUGCAUUGUUUGCGGCCUCAGUUUUUCUCUUCACUUCAGAAGGGUUUCUUCAACCUCACCUGCUUCGCACACUGACCAUGGUCAUGUAGAUUCAAAUGCUGGAAGAACUUUGAAUCAGGAAGGUGGUGAUCAUCAAAUACAUUGUUCUAGAGAAAGAAGUAGGGCAGCUUGGAAGAUCAUUCAAGAGUAUUUGAUGCCCUUUGUGGAGAAAGAAAAAUAUCAUAUCUCAAAAAGGUGUAGGAUUCACCCUGACAAUGACAUUUACAGAGAUCAGGAGCAACAUAAGUUUCAUAUAGACAUAAAUGAAUGGCAGUGUGGGUACUGUAAGAAAAGUUUCUAUGAAGAGAAACAUCUUGAUCAGCAUUUUGACAACAGACACUCCAAUUUGCUUAAUUUGAGUGAAAGCCAGUGCUUAGCAGACGUAUGUGGUGCACUGCACUGUGACCAUGAAAUCAAUUCCGGGUCAAAAAAAUCAAAGUGCAAUCCUGCUGCUGCUGCAAGAAAUAAACUUCUAUGUGAGAGCUUAGCCAAUGAUUGUUUUCCGAUCAAUGAGGGACCUACGGCAAGCCGACUUCAUGAAUUCUUCCUGCACCAAUUCUGUGAUGCACACAGCUGUGCUGGAAGGAGGAAGCCUUUCUCCAGAGGGCGCAGGGGAUCUUUGGAUGUAGAUCUCACUGAAUGUGUUGGUGAAGAAAAGACAAUAAAGAAUAAGACAAAUGUGUUCUACAUCGUCGUGUCUAUUUUGCUUGUGAUACUGCUGCUACUAUACUAUCUCUACAUUUACUUAUAUCAGAGUCUUUUGUAUUACAGAGGAAUGAAAAGGGAAACUCAAAUGCUGAAGCGCAUCUCACAAGCCAGCAGAAAGAAAAAGCCAUCCUAAUUGAUUGUUCUAUCCACAAAGUUCUCAACCUACAUUUUCAGAAAGUAAAGGUGUCACUAGUGGAUACGGUGUGAACUGCACGUGAAAUCAACCUUUAUUUUCAGAAUGUAAAAGUGUAACUAAUGGAUACAGUGCAAACUGCACUGGAAAUCCUGUUUACACCAUUCUGCUAUUUGGAGUAUACGUUUGAAGGCAGAAAGAGAUUGUCAACUUCAAAUGACCACUAUGCGUUUUGCUAGUUUGUAAGCCAAAUUCUUGUAAACUUUGUGUACACAAAGUGGCUGCAUGACUGAAUCUGCCUUGGUUGGCUAUUUGCAUUUGAUUGUGCAUGACAUUACUAACAAGAGAAAUAACACGAGCAUUUGCAAUGUAUUCUUAAUUUGUUUACUAACUUGAUCAGGAUUUAUUAUGUAAACCUUUUCACAUCAUCUACAGUGAUUUGUUUUAAAUGUUUUUUGAGAA